AUGUCUUCAUUGCCCGAUUUUACUAUAUGCGGAACACUAGGUAAAGCAUGUUCUGGAUUAAGCGAUGUUUUGCUUGUAAAACGAUUAGCAGAUGAAAGUCUCGCCGCUCUACGGAUAUUGCCCACCGAAAAGAUGGAUUAUGAUAAGAUAAAGGAAGAAGUGUGGUUUUUGAAAUGGUUGUCUCAUCCGUGUAUUAUUUCAGUUAAUCAGAUAAUUUCUGUGGGAAGUGACGUUUAUGUCUUCUCAAUCUAUUGCGAUCUCUGUUCAGUUUUAAGUGUGGUGCACAAUCACUAUCCAUGUGGUCUGCCUGAAAAAGCAAUUGCUCAAGUCCUUAAAAAUGUCCUGCUAGCCGUGCAGUCUAUACGAUGCAGUCAUAUUUUGCUGCAUUCAACGGGCGCGGUGAAAUUAACUGGAUUUCGCCAUUGUGUAUUUUUGCAGCGUAAUGAGCUAACUGGUACCGAUAAUGUUUUACAUAACUUUGAUGCGGAAAUUUCCGAUGAGUUGCUGUGGUUGGCACCUGAAAUAUUGAGACAGGAUUUGUAUGGUUAUGGAUUAUCAUCUGAUAUAUAUAGCAUUGGUAUAACGAUAUGCGAAAUGGCCAAUGGUUUUCCACCCUUCUCGGAUAUGGAUCGUUUACAGAUGUUGUUCGAAAAAAGUAAAGGAACUACGCCACGAUUACUGGAUUGCACAACUCUUCCAGAUAAACAGGAUAUGCAGCGUGAUCAGCAAUAUCGACAGCGACGGCGUUUUAGUGAAUCACUACAUGUUAUAACGGAUAACUGCCUCAAACCAUUACCAGAAAACAGAUGGUCUGUAUCAAAACUUUUGGCUCAUCCGUUCGUGAAAUCAAUUAGAAAGAAUCGUUCUUUUUCAUCUUUGCUGCCAAAUAUAAUGUGA